GCGUCCAAAGCCAUGGAGUACCGUAAGCUCUUUGAAUCGCUGGACGUAAACAAAGAUGGGCGUCUAGACGUGAAGGAGUUGGCACAGGCCCUGAAGGAAAGAGGAAUGGUUGGCGAUGAAGCAAAGAAAUUCUUUGAAGUGUCUGACAAAGACAAAGAUGACGAACUUGACAUCGAAGAGUUCACAGAGUACAUGAGUUCACACGUAAAGGAGCUGAAACUAGCCUUUGAAAACUUAGACAGAAACAAAGAUGGUAACAUUGAUGCAGAUGAAAUCAUCGCGUGUUUCAAAGAUCUUGGCGUUGCAAUAACAAAUGUAGAGGCAGAAGAUUUGCUGAAUCGGAUAGACAAAAACCACACGUUGAAGAUUGACUGGGAGGAAUGGAAAGAGUUCUUGUUGUUCCAACCUGGUGCUGACAAAGACAUUCUUCACUACUGGAGACACUCCAGUAUAAUAGACAUAGGUGAAGAUGUUAUUGUCCCUGAUGACUUCACAGAGAAGGAACUGAAGACGGGGCUAUUGCGCCAGCUUGUGGCAGGAGGAAUGGCGGGGGCUGUCUCACGGACUUCCACAGCGCCACUUGAUCGUCUCAAAAUACUUCUUCAGGUGCAUGGGUCAAAGUCCAACAAUCUCAGCAUUGUAGGUGGCUUCAAACAGAUGUUACAGGAAGGCGGAGUCAAGUCACUAUGGCGAGGAAACGGCAUGAAUGUGGUGAAAAUAGCUCCAGAAACUGCACUCAAAUUUAUGGCUUAUGAACAGAUCAAGACAUUGAUGCGUGGGGAAGGGGGAAAGAAGGAGCUGGGUGUAAUAGAGAGGCUAUGUUCAGGGUCUCUCGCUGGGGCCACAUCGCAGACCAUCAUAUACCCCAUGGAGGUGAUGAAAACACGCCUGGCCUUGCGUAAAACGGGACAGUAUAAUGGCAUGUUUGACUGUGCUAUGAAGAUUUACAAGAAAGAGGGACUGAAAGCCUUCUACAGAGGUUACCUACCCAACAUACUCGGUAUUAUUCCGUAUGCUGGAAUUGACUUGGCCAUAUAUGAGACUCUGAAGGGAUUCUACAUGGAGCGAAACAAGAACACUGAUCCCAAUAUCAUGGUGUUAUUAGCCUGCGGAACAACCAGUAGUACAUGUGGUCAGUUUGCCAGUUACCCGCUUGCUCUAGUCAGGACAAGGCUACAGGCACAAGCUGCUGGUGGUGGUUCUGCUGCCAAGGACACCAUGGUCAGCAUGUUCACAAAGAUCCUGAAAGAGGACGGCCCAAGAGGACUGUACCGCGGCAUCGCCCCAAACUUCCUAAAGGUGGCGCCGGCAGUUAGUAUAAGCUACGUCGUCUACGAAAGAUCACGAAAGUAUCUCGGGAUCAAUCCGAAAUAACAUGGUAAACUGGGUAUAACAAGAAAAUGUAUUCCUUUAAGGUAGUAUUAUCUGUACGCACUCUUUUUAUUUUGACUUUUUGUAUUAAGAAUCAAACAAAACAUCAGGUACUACUUUCAUCAAAAAAUUGCGCUAUCCAUCGCAUCCUAAAUGGAAUCAUCUUGU